AGCACCAAUAUAACCGCUAUUUACCUCUAUCCCCUCAUUCUUACAGCAUCGGUUAAACCGUUGUCUUCAUUUAUUAACUGUGUACAUACAUGAGGUAAACUAGUUCAUUCUAAUCCACCUUUUCAAAAUAUGGACAACCAAAACACGUGCUGCACUACUACUACUACAAAUUUUCUUCAACCCCUUGUUCUACAAAGUCAAGUAAUUGGUGAUUAUCAUCUUCUGGAUCAAAGCCAUCAUCAUGAAGACGAGGAGGUGGAAACGUCGAGAAGAUUCACCAUGUUUGACACAGAUAUCAGGUACAAACCUCGUCAAAAUCCCAGGAAGAAAAGAAGCAAGUUGUUAAGAAUUAGUGAUAAUAAUUCCCUUAGAAUCAGUACAAGUACUGCUAGUACUUCCGGUCUCAUUACUACUAAGCCUAAAUGUACCAAGAAACCACCAGACCCUAAUGCACCAAAAAUUACUAGGCCUUGUACUGAAUGUGGCAAGAAAUUUUGGUCAUGGAAAGCACUUUUUGGUCAUAUGCGUUGUCAUCCUGAACGCCAAUGGCGCGGUAUUAACCCUCCUCCCAAUUUAAAACGACAAGUUCGUUCUUCAUUUCCCCAACAAUCCCACAUUUCCCUUUCAACAUCAGACGAGGAUCAUGAAAUCGCGGAGUGCUUAUUGCUCUUGGCUAAUGGACUCAAUGAUGACGUUCAUCAAUUGGUUAUGGAUGAAGGAGUUGAAGAAAAAGGUGUAAAUGAAUCAGGGACACCUUCAUAUAACUGUUGUAAAUUUGAGUGUUCAAGUUGCAAGAAAGUAUUUGGUUCACACCAGGCAUUAGGUGGACAUAGGGCUACUCACAAGAGUUGUUUUGCAAAUACAAAAACUAUUGGGGACUGUAGCCAGCAAUUAGGAUUGUUAGAAGAUGGGACUAAUAUGUGCUCCUUAGAACAAGGGAGAGGAAGUGACAAUGAAGAUAUUACAAGCAAUGAUAACAAAAGAUUGAUGGUGUUGGGGCAUAAGUGUUUGAAAGUUUUCUCAAGUGGACAAGCUAUAGGAGGUCACAAAAGGGGUCAUUGGGAAAAACUCGGAGACAAAACAACAACAAUAGUAACAGACUCGGACUUAACACGAGCUGUCGUCGCCAAUGUCAAUCCAAUGGAGCAAGAAAAUAAUAUUGCUGAUAAUUUGGAUCUUAAUUUUCCUCCUGUUACAAUCUCAAGAGAUGAUCAACAUCAUUCUUCAGCUACCCAUUCAUCUAUUUCAGGAUUGGAAUUGGACUUGAGAUUAGGGCUAUAAUGUAUAGUAGGAAUAUGUAAUAUAAUGAUAUUAGUGUUUCAUCUAUUGCCUAGGAAUAUAGGCUAAAGUUUCAAUGAUAUUUAUGUUGUAUCAUCAUAUAUAGGAGUUUGACUAAUUAAUUAGAAGGUUUUAUGACUCCAAAAAUAGGAGUUCAGCAUUUUAGUUGUGAUUUGUGCUCCUUA